AUGCCACAAUCUACCGGCUAUCCUAUUCCCAUGCAAUUUAGUGCAUUACCAUUACCGCCAACGGGUAUUCCUUAUCCUCCCGGUACAUAUCCAGGAUCGUCACUGCCAUCUGUUGUUGAAGGUGUUCAGUCACAGCAACAGCCACAACAACAGCAAGCAGCUCAGAAUCCAUCCACCUACAUCUCAUCGGCUACCUUACCGCAUGCUCGUACGUGGAGUGCUGCUCCCCCUCCUUCGCUGCCCUUUCCUGGAGUGCCACCGUCAACAUCGCUGGAGGGACAUCCGCAGCUGUAUUAUCCGGUAAUUUGUACUUUCAUAACUAUUGUGCCAUUAUUGUCUGCAUCGUAAAU